CGUCACAGCCUCUUGUCUUAAUCCGUGCUUCCGGUGUUAUGGCCGCUCGCAGAGAAAGGUUGACAGUGAUGUGAGAUAUCUGAGAAUGAAUUCGUGGGUUUAGGCAGGCGUGUUUUUGGGGGAUGGCGGUAGCACAGCUGUUUCGGCUGGCUGUCAGCCGAUCGGCGGCUCGUGCCACACUUCGCGCGCACAGGAGGUACAGCAAGGUUUGUCCAGCUCUCUCCCAGCGACUGCAAGUGUUUGAGUCCCUUUGGGAAAAACGGUCCAAUAAGAAGAGAGUUGAAGCCACAGACACACCACUCAGUAUUCGACUGGCUGACGGCCGGAAAGUGAAGGGAACAGCUGGUGUCACCACACCUCUUUAUGUUGCACAAAGUGUCCGUGUGAAAGGAGCCCUGGUCAGCACAGUGAACGGGGAGUUGUGGGACCUUGGGCGGCCACUCGAGACGGACUGUGAACUACAACUUCUGGGGUUUGACACAGUGGAAGGAAAGCAGGCAGCAUGGAGGACAGGAGCCUGUGUCCUGGGCGCAGUGUUGGAGAGGGAAUUUGAUGCAGAGGUGUGCAGAGAAGGAGCGUCAGAGCUUGGGCUUUACUGUGAUCAUCUGUUGGACAACAGUGUCCUGUCUCUGAGUGAUGUGGAGGACAGAUGUAAACAGACUGCAGCCCUCAAACUCCCUCUGUCCAGACUGGAGCUGAAUACAGACGACAUCCGGGAGCUGUUCCAGGACAGUAAGCUCAGACUGCAGCUCUUGGAGGAGCAGAGUCAUGGCCCCAUUGUCACAGUAUACAGGCUUGGGGACAGCAUAUCAGUCUGCAGCGGCCCCCUUCUCCCACACACUGGCCUCCUCAAGGUCUUCAAGAUGCUCCAGCUGUCUGCCGUGACCCUGACCAAUCAGACGGAGUCCUCAGGUUUGACGCGUCUUUUAGGUGUGGCCUUUCCUGGCGAGAAGGACAAGGAGGUAUGGGAGAGGGAGCAGGAGGAGGCGAGAAGGAGGGACCACAGACGAAUUGGGGCGGACCAGGAGCUGUUCUUUUUUAAUGAUGUGAGUCCAGGGAGCUGCUUCUUCCUGCCUAAAGGAGCCCACAUAUAUAAUACCCUCACUGACUUCAUCAAGAGCGAAUACCGAAGGCGAGGCUUCACCGAGGUCGUGACCCCGACUCUGUACAGCACUGCAUUAUGGGAGCGCUCUGGCCACUGGGAGCACUACAGUGAGAACAUGUUCACUGUGACAUCAGAGGGCGCUCAGACCUACGCUCUCAAACCCAUGAACUGUCCUGCACACUGUCUUAUGUUUGAGCAGCGUGUUCGCUCGUGGAGGGCUCCCCUGCGAUGGGCCGACUUUGGGGCUCUGCAUCGUAACGAGCUCUCUGGCGCACUGGGUGGCCUCACUCGUGUCCGACGGUUCUGCCAGGAUGACGCUCAUAUCUUCUGCACACCUGAGCAGCUGCAGGAAGAGAUUGUGGCAUGUUUGGACUUUGUGAGGAGCGUGUAUCAAGUAUUUGGUUUUUCCUUCCACUGCCUCUUGUCUACUCGUCCUACGCCGUGCCUAGGGGAGCCUGAGCAGUGGGAUAACGCUGAGCAGCAGUUGGAGAGGAGUCUGCAGCAGUUUGGUGAACGUUGGGAGUUGAAUCCAGGAGACGGAGCUUUCUACGGACCAAAGAUUGACAUCCAGAUAAAAGAUGCAAUUGGAAGACAACAUCAGUGUGCCACGAUCCAGUUGGACUUCCAGCUGCCAAUCAGAUUCGACCUUCAGUAUGUUCGUCGAGAUGGACAACUGCACAGGCCUGUGAUGAUCCACAGAGCCGUGCUGGGAUCACUGGAGAGAAUGAUCGCCAUACUGGCUGAAAACUUUGGAGGCAGAUGGCCACUGUGGUUGUCCCCAGCACAGAUCAUGGUGGUUCCUGUAGGGGGCAACAGUGAGUCAUACAGCCAGCAGGUGGUCCGGCAGUUCCGUGAAGCUGGCUUCAUGGCAGAUUUGAAUGACGACCAGGGCGCCACCUUAAAUAAGAAGAUUCGCUCUGCUCAGCUGGCCCAGUACAACUACAUAUUUGUGGUGGGAGAUAAGGAGGUUGAGAGUGGGACAGUGAGCGUGAGGAGCAGAUCGGGUAAGCAGUUGGGGAGGAGGCCGACAGAGGAGGUGAUGACAUCCCUCACAGAGCUUCGAGACUCCAGGAGCAACUCAGACGAGUUUUGAUGAAAACAUCCUGAAAAACCUGAGUCACUGAUGUUAUAAAUGUUUGUUUUGCAUAUACAAGCUGUUAUACUCGUGUCUAAAGAGGAAGUGGCUGAUAUUUGUAAUAAAAGUCUAAAGUAAAUGUUC